AUGGGGAAGAAGCGAGUUAUGGUGCCGGCUACUGAACUUGACUUGACUGCUGUGAAAUAUGAGCCGGAGAAGAUUCAAGCUCCGCAUUUGACUGGGACUUCGAUGAAAUUAUUUGUGAAGUUAAUUGAAGCGCCGCUUAUCGGUCCUAUGAUUACCACUUACUUGAAGAACGAAAAUAGAAUGGUUGAGAUGUUGAAAAAUACCGUGAUACCAGAGGCUCCAAUGUUUAAACCCGAGUUUCCUCCACAAGAACCAGAAUCUCUCGUUACUGCUAUGGAAGAAGAUGGAAAACCAGAAGAUCGAGUUGAAUUAGCAUUGCAGUGUCUUCCGUAUUAUGAUCCAGCAAAGACAUGGAUUACUGAUUCCAAUGGGACUUUCCGUUACUGGAAGAUACGCGAUUAUGCUUAUGCCUACAGAUCAAAACUUGUAACGCCUUCCAUAGUAGCUGAGCGCUUCAUUGCAGCAAUGGAGGAGUUCAAUAAUAAAAAGCCUCCAACACCGUUAUUGAUUUCCUAUGACCCCGACGAUGUAAGAAAGCAAGCUGCAGAUUCAACAAGAAGGUUUGAGGAAGGAAAACCACUAUCAGUCUUGGAUGGAACUUUUAUGGCUAUUAAGGAUGACAUUGACUGCUACCCUCAUCCGUCGAAUGGUGGCACAACGUGGUAUCACGAGGUGCACGAGGUGAAGAAGGAUGCAGUUUCUGUAUCUAGAUUACGUUGCUGUGGUGUGAUUUUAGUUGGAAAGGCCAAUAUGCAUGAAUUUGGCAUGGGAACAACUGGAAAUAAUCCAAACCACGGGACGGCUAGGAACCCGCAUGCUCCGGAUAGGUAUACCGGUGGAUCAUCUUCAGGACCGGCAGCAAUUGUUGCCUCUGGACUGUGUUCAGCAGCAUUAGGAACAGAUGGAGGAGGUUCAAUACGGAUCCCGUCUUCUCUUUGUGGAGUGGUUGGCUUGAAGACCACAUAUGGACGAACUGACAUGACCGGGUCGUUAUGUGAUGCAGGGACAGUAGAGAUCAUCGGUCCUAUUGCAUCCACAGUUGAGGAUACACUACUUGUGUAUGCAGCAAUUUUGGGAUCCUCUCCAACUGGGAGAUUCAGUUUGAACCCGUCUCCACCGUGCAUACCAGAUCUUUCUUCUCAAGAAGGUCGGAGUUCUGUUGAAUCAUUACGGUUAGGGAAAUAUACUGAGUGGUUUAAUGAUGUUUUCUCAACCGAUAUAUCUACCAAAUGUGAAGAAAUUCUUCGCCUACUGUCGGAAAAAUAUGGGUGCCAACUGAAAGAGAUUAUUCUUCCAGAAUUGCAUGAGAUGCGCACUGCUCAUAUUGUGUCAAUAGGUUCUGAAGCACUUGCCACUUUGAAUCCUGAUUUUGAGAGCGGAAAAGGGAAGUACUUCUCUUAUGAUGUGCGUACAAAUCUUUCGCUAUUUAGAUCUUUCACAGCAGCAGAUUAUGUUGCUGCUCAAUGCCUAAGACGGAGGAUAAUGCACUACCAUAUGGAAGCUUUCAAGCAGGUGGAUAUAAUUGUAACUCCCACAACAGGUAUGACAGCACCUCCAAUACCUCAAAGUGCUCUUAAAUGUGGAGAGACAGAUCUACAAGUCUCAGGAAACCUUAUGCGAUUUAUUGUGGCUGGAAAUCUUCUCGGUUUGCCUGCAAUUUCUGUCCCUGUUGGUUAUGAUAAGCAAGGACUCCCAAUAGGCAUACAGCUAAUUGGCCGCCCAUGGGCUGAGGCCACCAUAUUACGUUUAGCUGCCACUAUAGAGGGAAUUUUUCCCGACACGAAGAAAAAACCAGUCCAAUUUUAUGACUUGCUUAAAGGAAACAAUUGA